ACAAUACAGACAGACAGACGGACGGACAGUAGCCGUGCCGGGAUCAUGAUGUCUCCGGGGGUCCUCAUUGGUCUGUGGAGCUGCCGGGUCAGCGAGGAGAACGGGAUCCGGUAAUCCUGACGCCCCGCUCCAUCCCAGCCCACACCCACGCAAAGAGCAUCUGGAUUUUGUGCUUGCAAAACGCGCGCUUGGCGAUCGUGAGAUCCCGAUCUGAUUCCCGGGGCAUGAGAGCGCACGGUUCCGCGAUGCUUCAGUGUCACCUGCGCGUCUGAUGAAUCCGCCCGCAUCAUCCGCAGCAUGUCCUCACGGAAGAUCUCCUCCGAAUCCUUCAGUUCCAUGGGCUCGGACUACCUGGAGAGCCCCGUCGAGGACGGAGAGUGCCCGUUCUCACGCGUCUUCUGGAACGGCCGGAGCCCCGUGGAGACGCUCUCGUGUCCGUUCGAGGAAGUGGCCGUCAGCAGACGGGUCGCCCGGCGCAAACGCGUUAAUCUGGACUCGCUUGGGGAGAGUUUGAGACGGCUCACCUCACCCACGACACAGACAAUUCAUUUGGCCCUGCAGAGAACGGUGGAUUUUUACAGACAGAGAGAAAUCAGUGGACAAGAGUUUGUAAGAAGCAUGUCAGAAGAGCAGAAGUUUUUGUUUGAUAACUCGCGCUGUGACAGCCAGUCCGACAUCUCAGGAAUAUUGAAAUACACAGCAACUAUUUUAGGUGUGGACUUCGCCUCUGUACGGGGCCGAUUUGGUGAGGAAUUCUUCGGUUUGUGUCUAGAGGAGAACGAGAGGGUUCUACGAUCUCUCGGUGGGAACCUGCAGGAUUUCUUCAACGGUUUCGACGCUCUUCUAGAACACAUUAGAACGUCCUGCGGGCGACGAGCUACAUCCGAGGCCCCCUCUUUCCUAUGCAAAGAUGCUCCUCAGGAGAACGAAGAAUCGAAUGGAGAGAGAGAUGGAAGACAGACUCUUCUCCUCCAUUGUUUCAACCCCGACCCCACUGUGGGUGUGGCAAUGCUGGGGUUGAUUCGAGCCGCCGCUCGACGAAUCUAUCAAUUGGACGUUUCGGUGGAGGAAGCUCCUCCCACUUGGCUGCACACAGCCAAUGAGGAUGGAGAGCUCUCAGUGGACUCCUCCCCCUCUUCAUCCCCAUCUCCGCCCUCUUUGUCCUCUCCAUCCUGUUUGUCCUUCCUCAUCAGAGAGAUUCGGACUCAACCUACAUCUUCGUCAUCUUCAUCCUUAUCCUCGCACCCCACCACCGCAUCUCGGCAGCUUUCGCGCUCACCGCUGGACCUACGGAUCAGCUUGAGCACAUUUUGCAGAGCCUUCCCCUUCCAUCUGGUGCUGGGACCCAACAUGGAGGUUCUGCAGGUCGGAGAGGGGCUCCGUAAACAGGCCAAGAUCGACCCGCACCGAACACUCACCUUCAGCAACAGCUUUGAGUUGGUUUCUCCCAGAAUACCCUGCACGUUCCAGAACAUUCUACAGCGGCUGUCCACACCAUUCACCAUUCGAACACGACCAGACGGAUCAGCACUCGACAGCAAGGAGAAGGUGAUGGAACUCAAAGGUCAGAUGCUUCACUUACCUGAAUCCAACUCCAUCAUGUUCCUGGGCUCUCCACGUGUUGAUAGGCUGGAGGAGCUCAUGGGGCGGGGUUUACAUUUGUCGGACAUCCCCAUGCAUGAUGCUACACGUGAUGUCAUCCUGGUUGGUGAACAGGCGAAAGCCCAGGAUGGACUGAAGAAACGCAUGGAUAAAAUCAAAGCCACGCUGGAGAAGACCCAUCAAGCUUUAGAAGAGGAGAAACGGAGAACCGUGGAUCUUCUAUAUUCCAUAUUCCCCGGCGACGUGGCACAGAGACUGUGGCAGGGACUUCCUGUCCAAGCCAAGAAGUUUGAUGAUGUCACUAUGUUGUUCUCCGAUAUUGUGGGGUUCACAGCGGUUUGUGCGCAGUGUACGCCAAUGCAGGUCAUCAGCAUGCUUAACGAACUCUACACACGCUUCGACUACCAGUGCGGAAUACUGGACGUCUAUAAGAUAGAAACUAUAGGUGAUGCGUACUGUGUGGCGGGAGGUCUCCACAGGAAGAUUGACAGCCACGCUAAGCCAAUUGCGCUCAUGGCUUUGAAGAUGAUGGAGUUGUCAGAGGAAGUGUUGACGCCUGAUGGGAAGCCAAUCAAGUUGCGGAUUGGAAUCCACUCGGGUUCGGUGCUGGCUGGUGUUGUCGGUGUGAUGAUGCCACGCUACUGUUUGUUUGGUAAUAACGUCACGCUGGCCAGCAAGUUUGAAUCGGGCAGUCACCCGCGCUGCAUCAACGUCAGCCCAACCACAUACCAACUUUUGCGUGAUGAUCGCUCAUUCUCCUUUGUCCCUCGCUCCAGGCAGGAGCUUCCCGACAACUUCCCCAAAGGGAUACCGGGAAUCUGCUAUUUCCUGGAGGCGGGCAAAUCCCAGAGCCACGCCUCCCUCACCAGCACUCGCUCCGCCCCCGUCCGCAAAGUGUCCUAUAACAUUGGUACCAUGUUUCUACGGGAGACUAGCCUCUGAGAUGGCCCCGUGCAUUCACUAUGACAUCACGUAGACUAGCGUUGCCUAUGGCAACUGGAUGCCCCGCCUCUUGAACCAGAGCUUCGGCCCCAGAGGUGAUGAAUGGACAUGGGAGGUAGAGGAUGGCCCUGCCCUGGCCCCACCCCUUUACGGAGCCAUGGAAAAUUGUAUU